UGGUGAUUGUUGGUUUUCUGGCUUGCGGCUCGUGACAAAGUUGCUUGCACUACACUUCGUCUUCGUCACUUUAGAUUAUUUAUAGACUUUGGCACGAUUAUGUCAUGGAUUCAGCUGAACCGAAGACUGUAACUAAUGGUCAUCUAAGUGCCGACGAAGUUGACGUCGAGUUUCUACCACUAAUCUACGAAAUCUUGCGAGGAAUUGAGCGGGAGUCUCUCGACACUGCCCAGAAACCAAGAGAGUCGCAGGACACAAGCCUGAAAGUUGUUGAGCUUCACAAGAAGUUGAAUCAAGUUCGUGAGCAGGUUCGAAAACUGCCAGGCAUUGAUUACAACAGAGAAGAUCAACUGAAGCAACUUGAUCAUCUACGGAAGCAACUCCGCUUGAAAAGAGAACUUCUCCUGAAGUAUCGUAAUAUGUGCUCAUUUGACAUUCCCAAGGCUUGAAAAGUAUGCCCAUCCUCCGAUUUAUCCUGCGAUACUUGGCCAACAACGAACAACUCAUUUAUAGACUCUCUGAGUCAAAACCUGUUAGGAGAGCAGCACAGUUAACCAUAAGUUUGUUUCACCGAAGUAAAAUGCUUCAGGAAGAUUUUGAGA